GGAGAUCUACUGGAUCUUUCGUGGGCCCAGGAGCGCUGUCUGCUCGCUGCUUUUCCUGCUCUCUCUCCCGGGAAGCGAACCCUUGCGCCCGAGAUGGCAGCCACCCUGCUCAUGGCUGGGUCCCAGGCACCUGUGACAUUUGAAGAUAUGGCCAUGUACCUCACCCGGGAAGAAUGGAGACCUCUGGACCCUACACAAAGGGACCUUUACAGGGAUGUUAUGCAGGAGAACUAUGGAAAUGUUGUCUCAUUAGAUUUUGAGAUCAGGAACGAGAACGAGGUGAAUCCAAAGCAGGAGAUUAGUGAAGAUGUAGAAUUUGGGACCACAUCUAAAAGGCCUGUCGGGAAUGCUGAGGAAAAUCCUGAAAGUGAAGAGGCCUUUGAAAGCGGGGAGAGAUCGGAAAGACAUUGGGGAGAUUUAACGGCAGAAGAGUGGGUGAGCUAUCCUCUGCAACAAGUCACCGAUUUGCUUGUCCACAAAGAAGUCCACACAGGCAUCCGAUAUCAUAUAUGCUCUCACUGCGGAAAGGCCUUCAGUCAGAUCUCAGAUCUUAAUCGACAUCAGAAAACCCACACUGGAGAUAGACCCUAUAAGUGUUAUGAAUGUGGAAAGGGCUUCAGUCGGAGCUCACAUCUUAUUCAGCAUCAAAGAACACACACUGGGGAGAGGCCCUAUGACUGUAAUGAGUGUGGAAAAAGCUUUGGAAGAAGCUCGCACCUCAUUCAGCAUCAGACAAUACACACUGGAGAGAAGCCCCACAAAUGUAAUGAGUGUGGGAAAAGUUUCUGCCGGCUCUCUCACCUAAUCCAGCACCAAAGGACUCAUAGUGGUGAGAAACCGUAUGAAUGUGAGGAGUGUGGGAAAAGCUUCAGCCGGAGCUCUCACCUGGCUCAGCAUCAGAGGACCCACACAGGUGAGAAGCCUUAUGAGUGUAAUGAAUGUGGGCGAGGCUUCAGUGAGAGAUCUGAUCUUAUCAAACACUAUCGAGUUCACACAGGGGAGAGGCCCUACAAAUGUGAUGAGUGCGGGAAGAAUUUCAGCCAGAACUCUGACCUUGUGCGCCAUCGCAGAGCCCACACAGGAGAAAAGCCGUACCACUGUAACGAAUGUGGGGAGAAUUUCAGCCGCAUUUCACACUUGGUUCAGCACCAGAGAACCCACACUGGGGAGAAGCCAUAUGAAUGCAAUGCUUGUGGGAAAAGCUUCAGCCGGAGCUCCCACCUCAUUACACAUCAGAAAAUUCACACUGGAGAGAAGCCCUACGAGUGCAACGAAUGUUGGCGAAGCUUUGGUGAAAGGUCAGAUCUGAUUAAACACCAGAGAACCCACACCGGAGAGAAGCCCUAUGAGUGUGUGCAGUGUGGAAAAGGUUUCACUCAGAGCUCCAACCUCAUCACACAUCAGAGAGUUCAUACGGGAGAGAAGCCUUAUGAAUGUACCGAAUGCGAGAAAAGUUUCAGCCGUAGCUCCGCUCUUAUUAAACAUAAGAGAGUUCACACCGACUAAGUCCUGUAAUUAUGAUGACUGAGAAAUUAUUCAGUUGAAGGUACAAUUUUAUUUGAUGUCAGUGAGCUCCUUCGAGACAGCUUUUUUAUGCAUACUGAAUUUUCCAGUUGUGGGCCACAAUUUAAACAUCAAAGAAGACAAGCCAUUUGGAAUUCUGACCCACAGAUUCGGGAAUGUAACUCCCUUCCCUGAAAUAGUGAUUUUUAUUCACUCAGUAAAUUACUUCGUCAACAUCAGCCCUACAAAUUGCUGGAAAUCUGGUUACCAGGGGCUAAACGCUGGUAAAUGCUUAGGCCUGGAAAUGGAGUAAAUCUUUAAAAGUUAUCUCUCCCAUCCUUUGGCCCAAAGAACUAUGCUAGGGGAAAUGUGGGACUGUAAUAGGGUGGCCAUGACUGCUUUGGAUAAAGGCAACAGGGACUCUACCUGAAUCGCCACACCUAUUCACAUGCCAUAGUAAUUAGGCACAUGUAUCUUCCCCUCCAAAGGGCUUUUUCCUUGAGUUACUCAUGCAUUUGUAUCUUUCUGUCUUCCUGGGAACAGGAUUCUGCAUGAUGAAGGCAAUGAUCAUAACUUUUCUCCUUCUCGUUUCUGUUUAAACUUUUGGAAAGCUUGCAUCUUUAUAAGAGCUAACUGAAGGUACAGAUUGAAAGGAAAAAUGAGACAUGUUUGGGGACCAAGGACCUGUCAAUAGCGGUGACUUUAGCAAGAGAUGCCCGCUUGUUAUUGGCAUUAAUCAGCAUUUAUGAAUUUUCUUUGGGAAUCAAUGUAGGGAACAUUGUAGGGAAAAUAUCUUCAAGGAAAGAUAAGACCAUGGAGUGAUGGUGGAGUGUAAGGAGCAAGUGGAAUUGACCAAGGAAGGAAGCACAGAGUCCUUUCCCAAGGAAUGCAGGUCAUUUCUGUGUUCUUUCCCCUCUACCUGUUAAGAUCAGUUCUCCUUACUGCUAACACUAGAAUUUGAUAAGGGCCAUAUCUCAGUGUUUAUCUUAGCUUAUAUAAGGGCAUGUGUAUAUACAGUGAAAUGUGUAUUCCUGUGGUUUUUUUCCAGUAGCUGAAACUGCCAGUCACACAGAUUUAGCAUGUUCUUGGGUGAUAUUGUUCAUGUGACAGAACUACAGGCAUAACUUCAAUGUGACAAAUGUUCUUUUUCCCCCACUCUGUAUAAAAAAAAAAAGUCAACACUAGUGUUCUAGUGUGCAUUCUCCUAUAAGAUCUGUCCUUGUAUAGAACUAAGCACUUGUUUAUAUGUAUCAGUAAUUCUGAAAGAUAAGGAGCAUACAAAUACGUUGAUUGUCCCAUUCUUAGAUUGAAUUAUCUUCACUGGCAAUGAAGAAGUCCUUGGCCUAGUCAGAAGGAAUUAAUGAACCUAGGUAGGAAUGUAUUUCCAUCCUCCAGGCCUUCUAAUAUAAGUGGUUAAAAUAAGAGUUGACCUAAUGUUAAGUCCAGUAUUGUGAGUUCUCCUUAUCUCAGCCUAAGUAGGAAUUAAGAAAUAGCCCAAAUGUUGCUGCUUAUUCAAGCAUUUGGGGGCUGGAGUGGGAGGGAAUUGGUGUCCAGGAGAAUGGGACUGGAGUAAGGAAUAUAUUUUCUUUUGAAAGUGUCCCAAGUUAUUUUUACCAUGCUUUAUUGUGAAUGUUGUAACAUUUUAAAAGAAUACUUCUGCCAUAGCUCUUUGGGACUUGGUGUUAAAGGAGCCAGUGGUCUCUCUUGGGUAGUGUACUAUAGUGAGUUACUAUGACCCACGGCUCUGUGGACUACAUGCAUAAUUUGCAAAUGACGGAAACAUGAAAGUAACAAAAAUGAAGAACCACUCCCCCAAGGGGGUUUCUUUAUGUUGCCACUCCUAUUUGAAUACAAACCUGGGCAGGGAUCAUGUCUUUUGUUCUAUACAAAGUCUAUCAGACUGUGGGUAUUCAUGUUUUAUUGUUGAAUGACUUACAUGUUCUUGGUGAUUGAACUCGAAUAUGUCUUGUCCUAUACCAGUGUUGCUGAUGAUUUUCAUGAAUAUUCUCUGUUCCUUCUGUGAGCCACGAAUGGCAUCUACUUGGGAGUGGCCGUGGAAGGCAGCAUCUCCAUGACCUAGCUAUAUUUCACCCCCUUUUCCUUCCCUACUCUCCUUGCCCCAAUCCCCAAUUUGCUCCUGCUGCUGCUUUUGGCUUCUUAGAGGUGAAAGGCUCAAGAAAAGGCUACUAAGUGCCCCACCCAUCUCCACACAUGCACACUCCAGCUAGGAAGUUCAAAGAGCAAGGACCAGCCCAGCCCUGUCUCCUCUCUUUCUGCCAAUUGCUGUGCUGAAUGAACUUUGUGUAGAAGUUAUGCAUCGGACUGUCUUUGCUGAUGCUUUUUGCAUGCCUUCUGCUACCAAGUCCCUGGCUGCUGCUGCAUAUACCCUGAACGCUUUGUGCCUGUUUUCUAUGGUUGUGGAGAGUGAGUGAAAAAGUAUGUAGAGCAGUUUUCCUUAUGGUAUUGGUUACAGUUAUCCUAGUGUUUAUCAACUUCUGUAUUAUUCUAACAGUAUCCUAGAAUUAAAAGUAUAAUUUUUAAAAUCAAAGAACUUUGAGAAUCAUUUUAGUAAUCCAAGUAAUCCAGCACUUGAUUCCUAUAACAGCUCUUCAUCAGAUUCGUUAAAAUUGGAUAUAGCUCUUUACCUUGAUGCAUUUGUACAGAUGCUCUUGUAGGAAUUUGGGAAGACAGUGUCUUCACACCUUGGUGAGCCCUCUGGAUAUUGCCAUAUCUUGGGAAGGUGCAAAAACCUGGACAGUUUCCUGUGAAGGUUAUGCUGGUGGCAAAAGCCACAUGGAAGUAUUUGGUGACUCAUCAGCUUUGGAAAAGGAAAAAAAACAACAUCCAAAUGGAAAAAUGAGAGGAGGCCUUGUUGCUUUAAGGAGAUAUUUUAGGGUAUUCCUUAAAAAUACUAAAACAAUUUCUAC